GAUUUAAAUUCAUCACUAGCGAGCACAUUGAUCUGAUACAUCACUAUUUAACCAGCAAUAAAGUCUUUGUCUACCUUAGAAUCACGUUAAAUAUGAAUACCAGGUGGUGUAUUAUAGCAUACUUGCUUACGUGCGUCUUGGGGUUCACACCGUUCUACUCGUCGGACUUCUGUUCCCAGACCAUUACUAAUGAUUGUAAUACGACUUUUUCAUAUAUCGACCAAAUCAACGAAGACGUUUACCCCAUCGUCAAAAGCUUGGCGGGGACGUCCUACUUCCGCUACUUCAAGAUCAACUUUGACAAGCAGUGCAAGUUCUGGAACGAAGAGCACUUCUGUCUGACUGAAAACUGUGCGGUUGAAAUUUUGCCUCCAGGACAACAUAACUGGGACGAAAUUGUUUUGGACGAUGCCAAGCCGGGCUACGACCACUUGGCCAAGUCCGGCGACUCCUGCGAAGACUUGGACUACUGCGAGUUGGACGACGACAGCAGUUGUGAUUAUAUCAACUUGGUUGACAAUCCAGAGCGAUUUACCGGGUAUGGAGGCAAACAGGCUCAUAAUAUUUGGCAGUCGAUCUACGAGGAAAACUGCUUCAAGGAUGAUGCUGAUAAAGAAUGUUCAACCAAGAAGUUGUUUUUCCGUGUGCUCAGUGGGAUGCAUGCGUCGAUCUCAACCCAUUUGUCUAACGAAUACGUUGACCCAUUUGAGGAAGAGAUGGAGUUCAGUCCCAACUUGAAGAUAUUCAUGGAGCGCGUGGGUCAGUUCAACGAUAGAAUCUCGAACUUGUACUUUAACUACGGGUUGGUGAGUCAGGCGUUGGUCAAGUUGUUCAAAGACUAUCCGGUGAUUGAGUAUUUGAAGCAGUCAGAGGAGUUGAUUGAAAACGAUGACGACUACUUGACAUUAUUCGGCGGCUUGGUGGAGAUGUUGGAGAAGGAACAGAUUUUCCAGUCAGCCUUGAUCAUUGAACCCGAAUUGAAAAACGAGGUCAGAGCCAAGUUUAGAAACAUCAGCUCGAUCAUGGAUUGUGUAGGCUGCGACCGGUGCAGAAUGUGGGGAAAGCUUCAGACCAUCGGGUACGGUACUGCGUUCAAGAUAUUGUUUGAAGACACCAACAACAGCAACUUGCGGUUCAGGAAAAUUGAGAUUGUAUCGUUGAUGAACACUUUCGACAGAUUGUGCAAGUCUAUAGAAGCCGUCAAGAACUUCAAGUCAAUGUACUUGGAGCACCUUCAAGAUGUAGAAAAGGGACUUGUACAACCAGGAGAUUUCGACAAGAAGACGGAAAAUAAUGGUUUCAACUUCCCGUUCCUGGAGAAUUCCAACGCUCUUAAGGAGAAAAUUUCCCAGAAACAACUUCAACAGGAAGAAGAACCACUCAAACCCUCCAGAAUCCAGCGGAUCAAGAAUGAAUGGAAACAAGCAUAUAACGAGGUAUUUGGUGCUCUCGUGUUUGUGUUAAGGUCAUAUAAGCAUUUCCCGUUCAUUAUGGCCAGGAAGUUAUUGAUCAAGUUGAACUACUGGUGGGGAUCUUUUGUGGGCUUGGACACCCACGAAUUCUAUGACGAGAUACAGUUGGAACAAAACUACAUGAAUAUAUUUCAAGAAUAGUGUACAUAGAUAGCAUAUAUAUAUACCAGGUACAAACAUAGAUGAACCAAACAAUUCCAUUAUUUUAUUAAUAUACAUACGGAAGAUCCUACAGACCAGGCUAAAGACAUUACAACAACAAAGCAGCCAAACCAGCGAAACCAGCAGCACCAACAACAACCUUGUUGGCACCACCUUCAUAGUCAGCAACAGCAGCCACAGAGGAGUUGGAAGCAGAGUAGGUAGACAACAAAGUUGAUUGAGCAGUAACAGUAGCUUCAACACCGGUAGACGCAGUGACAGUUGGAGUAGUGGUGAUAUCGACGUAUUCAACUGCUUCAGAAGAGCUUGGGUAAACUUCAGCAGCAACAGCAGCUGGAGUAGAAGAGGUCUCAGUCAAUGGGCACACAGUGGUGUAGACAGUUUCAACACCGUCGACGGUGGUGGUGACCACAGAGGUGGUGACGGCUUUAGCAGCAACGGCAGAAGAAACCGGAGCAGCAGAAGAAGUAGUAGCAGCAGCAGCACAGCUUGGGUGACCAGAACACGAGGUGAUGGUAGCAAGAGUGGUGUUUUCUUCUGUGACGGUGACGACAUCAGAAGCAGCAAGGGCGGUGGCCACCAAGGCAAGAACGGACAAGAAUUUGGAUUGCAUUAUGAAUUUUUUUAAAGGAGCGACGGUAACUUGAAGGAGUUGAUGAAAAGCGUCUAGAAAUGGAUAAACUCGAGGACCUUUAUAGUUUUUUGGGGUUCGACGCGAUCAAGACGACGCGCCUAAGGUACAAGCGACCGCGUUCGCAUACCAGGCGAUGGGUUCUUUGUUCCUGAAGGG